GAGUCCUAAACUCUGUCUCAGUCAGAGUCAGUCCAUAUAAACCCCAUCACUCAUCACCAAUCCGCAAAGCAGCUCAUUGAUUCAUCUCUCCGCUCACUGGUUCAUCUCUCCGCUCACUGGUUCAUCUCUCCGCUCACUCUCAUUGUGCAGAACCAUGAGCAGGAACUUCUUGUCUAUAAAUGAAGAGCUCCAGAAAGGAGACUUCUUGUUAUCCAACAACCGGGAGUACAAAGCAAUCUUUCAGGAUGAUGGGAACUUUGUAGUGUACGGCUGGGCGCCGCUGUGGGCUACUGACACUGGCGGCAUUCCAGGCAUCAGUCGCCUGGCCAUGCAAAACGACUGCAACCUCGUCAUAUAUACGCCGGAUAAACCCGUGUGGGCCUCCGACACCUACAGCAAGAAUUUCACCACAUGCCGUUUAACUUUGGGUAAUGACGGCUUUCUGGUGAUCCACAGGGACAAGGAUGUGGUGUGGAAGUCCACUAAGAAGAAUUAAAAUUAAUGAAACAAACUUCUCAAAAUGCUUUGAUGUUCCUUUCAUCUGCAACUGUCAUUAAAGUUGUCAAUAAAUCAGCAAAGCAGAUCA